GCUCCUUUCCGGCUGCCCUAGCUCCUCCCUCCCCGGCUCUUCGCGGUUCUUCCUCCCGCUUCAUCACAAUCGCAGCUGCUUCUCUUCGCUCUUCAGUAAUCCAUUCUUUCGUUCUUCGCAGGAUAAUGGGGCGGAAGGCUGGUGGACUUUAUAUUAACCCUAAGAGAUAUGGUUCACUCCAUAAACCUUGCAUGAAGGAAAUGAUGACUUUUCUCAGCUGUAUGGCUGUUAACCAGGGUAAUAGUGAUGUGUGUACUCGGCAGAAAGAAUUAUUAAAAACCUGUUUGGAUUCGCAGAGUAAAAAGAACAGAAACGCCUGGGGAAGUAUCAAUUAUCAACUGCAAAGGCUUAACAGGGGAAGGAAGUAGUCUGACGUUCUAAUUUGAAGCAUUUGUAUGGUUCAAGUCCAGGAAUUGCCCAGCGUAGCCAUUUUGGUGCUAGUUUGGAUGUGAUGCUAGGAGUACAACUUGUAAUGUCUCUUGGAAUAUUUUUUUAUGCAAAUUCAGAUGAAAUUUCUGUAUUUUAACUUUUAGGAUGUCUAUCUAAUUUUGAAAGUUAAAGAGGAUGUUUUUAUAAUUUGAACAACAUUCGAGGAAGAUUUGUGUAAUUUACCUGAUAAGAAAUUAUUAAAAUAAUGUUCUCUUA